CAACAAGUAGUUUCUCGUCUGCUCUAAUUUUUGACAAGUCCUGUGAUAGUUUGUCCUGGAAUUCGGUGUGGUGGUUUUUAAAUUGGACGUUCUGGAUAAGUGAAAGCAUCUUGCCUUCAAAUGCUUUUAGCUCUUUGGUUGGCGGUGGGGAUUUAGUUGUAUUAAACCCGAAUGUUUCUUUGGUAGGCUCAGAUUGUGUUGGCUUUAAAAAAUGGUAUGCUUUCCAUCUGACGCGUCGUAGGAAUGAUUCUGUUUUCUCGACCAAACAUUUCAAGUAUUCCUUUGGCUGCGCGAUAGGUAUGUUCUUAGUUGAGUAUCCAAGGUUGGUAGGUUCCAUAUUAAUUCGUAGAGUGCUCAACAAUAAAGGAGCGAAAUAGGCGAAUGUCAAUAAGUAUAUUGAGUGUCGAAUCAUAAGAAUAGAGUGCUCGAUACAAAAGUAGAGCAAAUAAAAGACAAGCUUGAGUUACUUCGUUUAAAACAUUUAUUCACAACAAAUUUGUUUCGUAUGGCAAGCUAGGCUUGCCACACUCAUCACGUGAAUGGUGAUAUCGCGUAUUUACAUGAUGUUAUAACCUAUAGGUAACUUGAGCUGUUAUAUACAAAUGUUUGACGUCAUUAGGAAAGCGUAAUCUGACUACUGGCUACAGAGCAGGAAUUUUUUCCUGUGCCUACAUGCCGAUAGCGGUACAAGACUGUAUGACCCGUAAUAGAAGCAGAAACGUAAUAUGGUUUAAUCCUCCCUACAGCGCCAACGUUGCCACCGACAUCGGUCACAAAUUUCUGCAGGCUAUUGAUGAAUGCUUCCCACCACACCAUCCCUUACAUAAACUGUUCAAUAGGAACAAUCUUAAAUUAAGCUACAGCUGUAUGCCCAACGUGCACAAUAUCAUCACGGCGCACAACAGAACUGUACUCGAUCGCAAGCAGCCCGAGGCUACUAAAAAUCCCGAUAGGAAGUGUAAUUGCCGUCAGGAAGAAUCCUGCCCCCUCCCUGGCAAAUGUUUAACCGAAAGCGUUGUAUACCAAGCCACAGUAACGAGAAAAGACAACCAACAGAAAGAAACCUACGUUGGACACACAGCGGGCCCAUUUAAAGUGAGAUACUACAACCAUACAAGCUCGUUCAGGAACCCGGAUCAUAAACAUUCAACUGAACUGAGUAAAUAUAUUUGGCAGUUGAAACAGUCCAACAUAGAAUACUCUAUUCGUUGGAAAAUUUUAAAGAAAUGUAAGGCCUACUCAAACAAAACAAAACGUUGUAAAUUAUGCCUGCACGAAAAGUUCGUUAUAAUUUACUAUCCCGAACUAUAAGCUCAUUGAACUCAAGAAACGAACUAAUAUCGGCAUGUAGGCACAGGAAAAAAUUCCUGCUCUGUAGCCAGUAGUCAGAUUACGCUUUCCUAAUGACGUCAAACAUUUGUAAAUAACAGCUCAAGUUACCUAUAGGUUAUAACAUCAUGUAAAUACGCGAUAUCACCAUUCACCUGAUGAGUGUGGCAAGCCUAGCUUGCCAUACGAAACAAAUUUGUUGUGAAUAAAUGUUUUAAACGAAGUAACUCAAGCUUGUCUUUUAUUUGCUCUACUUUUGUAUCGAGCACUCUAUAUUCUUAUGAUUCGACACUCAAUAUACUUAUUGACAUUCGCCUAUAUAUAUAUAUAUAUAUAUAUAUAUAUAUAUAUAUAUAUAUAUAUAUAUAUAUAUAUUGUUAGUUGUGUAAUUGUACACUCUGUAAUAUGUUAAAUGUUAAGAUGAAAAUGUUCUAGAGUGUGUAUUAUAUAAUUUCCAUACCCAGCGCAAGCAGAAAGAUGUUGUCUGCCGCGGCUGGGUCUCGAACCCGCGACCUUCGAAUUACUAGAUCGACGCUCUACCUGCUGAGCUACACGGUCAGACGGAUUUAAGACUGGAAAUUAUGAAAUAUAUACUGAAUGUCAUAAACAUACUCGUUUAUAUUAAUUCAGCAUCGAACAAUGCUAGUUCUGCAAGUGUUAUGUUAGUUGUGUAAUUGUGCACUCUGUAAUAUGUUAAGAUGAAAAUGUUCUAGAGUGUGUAUGAUAUAAUUUCCAUACCCAGCGCAAGCAGAAAGAUGUUGUCUACCGCGGCUGGGUCUCGAAACCGCGACCUUCGAAUUACUAGAUCGACGCUCGAGGCCCAGCCGCGGCAGACCACAUAGUUUUUCGUUUUACCUGAAAAAACCACGACAGUCUGUUUCAUCCGUAUAGGAAUUUGUGGUGUUUUGAGGUAAAACGAAAAACUAUAUUACGCUCUAUCUAUAUGGUAUUGAGCACUGUUUGUGUUUCGUAAACCAAAAUAUAAUAUAUAUAUAUAUAUAUAUAUAUAUAUAUAUAUAUAUAUAUAUAUAUAUAUAUAUUACGCACUCAAUGAUUUCUAACUACAAGAGAUGCCAACAAAAUCUCGAUAUUCAGCCUACUCAGCCCACUUGGUAAUCCUGCACGGAACUUACCCUCAGCAGCUCCUACUGCAUUUGUUCCUGACUUCACGUCGUACGUUACAACAACUUCUUCAGUUUCUUUAUCAAUCACUUCCAAUUGAGAAUGGGUUGGGUUGAGAACAUACAAAUACCUUUCUCCUUGUGCAAGUCUAAUAGGAUUAAUUGGUCCAUUAAAGAGUUUCCAUCGAACUGUUGACUUGUUGUAGUAUGUUUUCUCAACUGCAUAAUCGGCUGGGCUUACGAAAUUCGUCCAGUAAACCACUUGUUCAGUGUCGUCCACGCUAACAUCUUGAGGAAAUUGACCAUCAGGAACAACUUCCAAUAACGUUUUUGAGGUGAAAUUGUAUUGACCGAUAUCGCCGUAGUUAUCCGUAUUGGAAAAGAACAGAAAGCUGCAAAAACAAAAAUGAAAUUUGUAGAUACUGACGUGGAGUUAAGUUGGUAAGAUCGUCCACAUCUCGAGAAAUUAUUGUCAACAGAAUACAAAAUAAUUUGGAUACUCACAUAAAUCAAAGUAUAACUCAUUUGUUCCCGAAAAACCUAUAUUAAACUCACGACGGUUUCGGGUUCGUUACAGGGGGAGGGCUAUUGGACAAGUGGCGUAGAGAUGAGGUUAUAUUGACGAAAACUCGGGAUUCAUUUUACCUGCAGUGAAUGGCAUAAAUCUAAUGGGAAUACAUGUUCAUAGGACUUAAUCAAUUAUUCCUCUAAAUCCGAACGAAUUAUUAGAGCAGGGCACUUGUUUAAAGGUGCAAUGUAUAGUGUCCUGUGACGUAAGUAGUAACGACAGGAACACUGAGGACAUUAAUGAUGCUUGAGGGGUAUUAUGGGUACUGGGUAGUUCUAGCUUGCACGUUGUUUAGAAAAGUAGAGUGAGAAUAAAUUAACGAUAUUGUGCGUGUUUUAUACACUAUAGCUGGCGACGAGGAUAAAAGAAUCUCAUGGCAAAAGUUUUAGAUUUACCUGCUGUACCACCAUUCUCUCUAUCGGAUCACAGAACCCUUGCUCAACGAUGGGAAAAGUGGACAAAGUCUCUCGAUUAUUAUCUCCGUGCGUCUGGAGUAACUGAUCAGAAACAAAAACGUGCUGUUUUACUACACCUUGCUGGCCCUGAUGUACAAGAAGUCUUUGAAACCCUGCCUAACACUGGCGAUGAUUAUAAGACUGCCCUCGAGAAACUUAACGAGUAUUUUCAACCGAAAAGAAAUAUUCCAUUCGAGCGCCAUGUUUUUCGGCAAGCUUCCCAACAGCCUGACGAAUCAAUGGACGUAUUUGUCACUCGAUUACGUACUUUGAGCAAAACAUGUGUUUUUGGUGAACAAACAGACGAAGCUAUUCGUGAUCAAGCAAUUGAUAAAUGUGUUUCAAAAGAACUUCGCCGUCGUUUACUUCGCGAACCUGACAUCGACCUCUCGAAGCUAUUGACAAUUUCCCGCGCAUUUGAACAGUCUCAUUUUCAAGCUCAAGAAAUGGAACAGCCCUUUACGCAACCUAGCGAUUCCAUCAAUGCCAUUCGACCUAGGUACAACACAGAGAACUCCGGUGGUUCUCGCCGUGAAACUCCAAGCCACAUUAAUAAUACUGGAGCUAGUCGAGGAGCUAGUAAUUCGUCACCAUACAAUCAAUCAAAACAAGAGUUUGCAAGAUGGCGUUCUCAGCCUUGUUAUUGUUGUGGCAACACGGGCCAUCGUGCAAAAGAUGUUCGAUGCCCUGCAAAUGGAAAAACAUGUAGAAGUUGUAACAAAGUUGGUCAUUUUGCCUCGGUAUGUCGGAGUCGGCCAAAGCCAGCUAACUAUACAUCACCACCUCAAAAUCAGGCUCUCCAGGUGAGUGAACAAAACAAUGUUACUUUGUAGUAGUCAACAACCGAGGAACGGGGUGCCUUUUGGGUCAUAAAUCUGCUACAGAACUAGACCUUCUGCAUGUUGCCAACUCGGUUUCCAUACAGUCUGAAGACAUUUCUUCAAAAAUUUCUGCUAAAUUUCCCAAAGUCUUUGAAGGUAUGGGCAAACUAAAAGUUUUCAACAAACCAUCCAUGUUGAUCCCAAAAUUCAUCCUGUUGCCAAGCACCGUGUCCCAUUUCAUGUUCGCCGCAAAGUAGAAGCAAAACUAGACGAGCUACAGCGCUUACAUAUCAUUGAGCCAGUCACUGGGCCAACACCAUGGGUGUCCCCCUUGGUUGUAGUGCCCAAGCCAAAUGGGGAGGUCCGUAUCUAUGUAGAUAUGCGUCGAGUCAACACAGCAGUGAUCAGAGAAAGGUACCCAAUUUCCGCUGUAGAGGAGAUUUUACAGGAUUUAACUGGUGCAUGUGUUUUCUCAAAACUCGACUUAAGAUGGGGUAAUAUCAGAUUGAACUUGACGAACAAUCAAGGCAUUAUACAACAUUUGCUACACACACCGGUCUCUAUCGCUACAAGCGCCUUAUGUUUGGUGUUUCUGCGGCACCAGAAAUAUACCAACAUGUGAUUCAACAAUCUCUCCAAGGGUGCCCUGGGAUGCGAAACAUCUCAGAUGACAUAAUUGUUUUUGGGAUAACCCAACAGGAACAUGAUCAUAACCUUAACACUGUCUUAGCAACACUCCAAGAGUGUGGUCUGACUCUCAAUAGAGACAAAUGCACAUUUAGUGUUUCUGAAGUCACAUUUUUUGGGUAUACCAUUUCGGCAAAUGGUAUACGACCCACCAAUGAGACUGUGACUGCCAUUCGAAAUGCUCCAAAGCCAUCCAAUGCCUCAGAGGUCAGAAGUUUCUUGGGUCUUGUGAACUACUGCAGCCGGUUUAUCCCAAAUUUCUCCACCGUAGCAGCCCCACUUUGACAGCUCACACACAAAGGUGUACCAUUUACAUGGACCAAACGCCACCAAAAUGCAUUCGAAUCCUUGCAGAAAAAUCGUACCAGCAAUUCCGUCAUGGCACAUUUUGAUCCCAGUGCCCACACUCAGUUUCGUGUUGACGCCAGUCCAUUUGGCCUGGGGGCUAUAUUAACCCAAACUCAUGGCGAUGAAACCAGACCAGUAGCCUAUGCAAGUCGCACUCUUACAGCCGUUGAGAAGCGUUAUUCUCAGACUGAGCGUGAGGCCUUGGCGGUUCUCUGGGGAUGUGAACGGUUCCACCUCUAUCUAUAUGGGACAACCUUUGACAUCUAUACAGAUCACAAGCCUCUUGAAAUAAUCUACAGUCCGACGUCAAAACCCCCUGCGCGCAUUGAACGGUGGGGCCUUCGCCUGCAACCGUAUAAAUUUUGCGUUAAGUAUUCACCUGGAAUUGGUAAUCCUGCGAAUGUACUUUCUCGUUUGCCACUUCCCAAUGCAACAACCAAUACUCGCAACACGGCUGAAGAAUAUGUCCAGUUUGUCGCUCAGAAUGCAGCUCCCAAGGCCCUGUCUCUUAGUACAAUAAAAGAAGCUACCAACCAAGAUCCAGUUCUUCAAUUUCCUCGCGAGUGUAUCAUGAAGAACAAUUGGCCCAAGGUUAGUAUGACACGUCCAUAUCAUGGUAUCAGACACGAUCGGACUGUUAUUGAUGACAUUAUCCUUCGCGGGUCCCGUAUCUUGAUGCCAACGUCUCUUCGAGAACGAAAUUUGAAACUAAUCCACGAAGGGCAUCAGGGCAUCGUGAAGACAAAAUGACUGCUAAGAGAAAAGGUCUGGUGGCCUGGCAUUGACCAAGCCAUAGAACAGCUAAUUCGUACGUGCAUUGCAUGCCCAGCCCAAGGUCCAGUAUCCACACCACCGCCCCUUCACAUGACGACUAUGACAAGUCAGCCAUGGCAAACUCUACAUGCCGAUCUGUGCGGACCAUUUCCCAGUGGUGAAAGUCUUCUCGUCAUGGUAGAUACCUGCUCCCGUUGGCCAGAGGUACAUGUUAUGAAGAGUACUACGUCCGCAGCUAUCAUAAAAUGCAUGAAGACCACAUUUGCAACCCAUGGAAUCCCGCACGAAAUUGUUACUGACAAUAGACACCUUAAGAUUAACGUUUACGGCAAACGUCAAACCGCUAACAAAAUGUUUGAUUUUACAACUCUAUUAUAACAGCUUUUAAACCAGUUUUCAAAUAUAUUAAACAAUUAUUAAACUUGUGGUAUUUAGCAAUGAUUUAAGAAAGCAAAUUAAACACUAGUAACGUAUUCACAAAAGCAGUAAAUUAAGAUUUGGCGUUUGAAGUUUACGUUUGGCGUAUAAAUUUCAUGCUUUAACGACUACAAGCCUUCGUAGCAGUUCAAGCAUGAAAUUUAUACGCCAAACGUAAACUUCAAACGCCAAAUCUUAAUUUACUGCUUUGGUCAAUUCGUGACUAGUGGUUAAUUUGCUUUCUUAAAUCAUUGCUAAAUACCACAAGUUUAAUAAUUGUUUGAUAUAUUUCAAAACUGGUUUAAAAGCUGUUAUAAUAGAGUUGUAAAAUCAAAAAUUUUGUUAGCGGUUUGACGUUUGCCGUAAACGUCAAUCUUAAGGUGUCUAAUGGACCACAAUUCACCUCCGCUGAGUUUGGUACAUACCUUUCCAAUUGUGGUAUUGUACACCGUAAAGUCACACCCUAUUGGCCCCAGGCAAACUCCAAAGUAGAACGUUUUAACCGAACUGUAGAAAAAGCAAUACGUGCAGCGAACGUCGAAGGGAAAUUUGGAAAGAAGAACUUGACGUUUUCCUACUGAAUUAUCGUUCAACUCCCCACUGUACAACCGGGAAACCACCUGCAACUCUCCUUUUUGGCCGUCACAUUAGAAAUAAAAUACCCGUGCCACCAACAUCGACACCAGCUGAUGACAUACCAGUAACAGUUCGUCAACAUGAUCGCGAAAGAAAAGAGAAAAUAAAGUCUUACGCUGAUGACCACAACCGAGCUUCAUCGUCCGACGUGAAAAAGGGAGAUACGGUGCUUCUCCGUCAACCUCGGCAAACAAAAUUGUCGACGACCUAUGAUCCAAAGCCGUACAUUGUCGAAGAAAAGAAAGGGCCCAGUGUGCUACUGAAACGACCCUUUGAACGACAGAUUAUGAGAAAUGAAAGUAUGAUACGUAAGAUUCCUGAUGGAAAAGACGAUGGAUGCUAA